CUCACACACACACAUAUGGUGAUGGUGUCAUCGACAUGUUGGAUUGACAACCUCACACUUUCAGUGGUUUUGUAUAAACCGGAGGACCCAAUUCUCAUCCAUGAGUAUGAUCAACAACAGAAACAGAAACCGGAACUAUAACACCAGAGAGAGGCAUCAUCCAGAAUGGCUGCUCAGGCUGUGGAGUCUGCAGCGGUGACGGCUCUGCGAUCGGUUCUUCACCGUGUCCGGCAUGCGGCGGAAAGAUCUGGUCGCCAUGCCGAUGAUGUGCGGGUGGUGGCAGUGAGCAAGACUAAACCUAUCUCUCUCAUCCGCCAAGUCUACGACGCAGGACAGCGUUGUUUUGGGGAAAACUAUGUCCAAGAAUUCAUCGAAAAGGCUCCUCAGCUUCCAAAGGAUAUCGACUGGCAUUUUAUUGGACAUUUACAGAGCAAUAAAGCAAAAUCCCUACUCGCUGCUGUUCCAAAUCUAUCGAUGGUGCAGGGUGUAGAUAACGAGAAGAUUGCAAAUCACCUUGAUCGUGCAGUUUCAAGCAUUGGAAGAAAACCUUUGGCAGUUAUGGUCCAAGUAAAUACGAGUGGAGAGGCAUCAAAAUCUGGGAUUGAACCUUCAAGCUGUGUAGAUCUUGUGAAGCAUGUUAAGCUUAGUUGCCCAAAUCUGGUGUUUUCUGGGUUAAUGACUAUUGGAAUGCCAGAUUAUACAUCGACUCCAGAGAAUUUCAAGACGCUAUCAAGGUGCCGAAGUGAGAUCUGCAAGGAACUUGGAAUGGUAGAAAAGCAGUGUGAGCUGUCAAUGGGCAUGUCUGGGGACUUUGAACUAGCGAUUGAAAUGGGAAGCACAAAUGUAAGGAUUGGAUCUACCAUUUUUGGACCAAGGGAGUACGCCAAGAAACAGUAG